AUGAACAAGCAUGACAAGAGUUAUGAAUCUGGUCACUUUAACAAGGCUUACAAUACUUUCAAGAACAACUUUGACCUCAUUACCACCUGGAACCAACAAAAGCAUUCAUCUAGAUUGGGUUUGAACAAGUUUGCCGAUCUUUCAAACAAGGAAUUCAUCUUGCAAUUUACAAAUGCCAAGGGUCAAAUCAAUCAUAACAAUAAUAAUAAUCAAUUAGUUUCAACUUUUGAUUCUUCAUCCUCUUCAUCACCAAUUCCAAUUUCAGUUGAUUGGACCAAAAAAGGAGUAGUUUCAGCUGUACCAAACACUGAUGCUGAUUGUUUAUCAUCUUAUGCAUUCUCAUCUGUUGGUUGUGCCGAAAGUAUGUGGGCCAUUUACAAUGACUUUGCAGUCAUUCCACUCUCUGUUCAACAAGUCCUUGAUUGUUCUGGUGGAAAUGGUAAUGAAGGGUGUAAUGGUGGAGAAAUCAACAACUCUUUUGAGUAUAUGAUCGUUGAUGGUCUCCAAAGUGCCAAGACCUAUCCAUUCAAAGGAAAACAACAAAAAUGCCAAGCUGACCCAGUCGAAACUGUCGCUGCCUAUUCCAACUAUACCACCAUUGCUCAAGCCGAUGAACAAGAAAUGGCCCAAGCCGUCGCCACCCAUGGUCCAGUCUCGGUCUAUAUUGAUGCCAGUGGUGAAUUCCAAUUCUAUGAAUCUGGUGUAUAUUACAAUGCUCAAUGUUCAUCUACCAAUCUCGAUCACUCUGUCUUGGUUACUGGUUAUGGUGUCCUCAACAAUGAUAAUUACUGGUCCAUUCGAUACGCUUUAAUGUCAAAGGAUAAAGGUAAUAACUGUGGUAUUGCAACCAAGAGUUCUUAUAUCAUUGUCAAGGGUUAA